AUAUGGUGUUCAAUAUAUGGUUUACAUAUAUACACACACAUUUAUGCAUAAAUACUGACAUAUAAAUGUGCAGUCAGACGAUACUCAUUGCAAAGAUUUUUGUUACAUACAAUGAUUCAGUCACUUUGGUCAUUCUUUAUUUAUUCACCAAUAUAAUAAACAUCGUUUAAAAAAGCAACAGCUAAUAUAUAUGAAAAUAUCUGUUCGUAUUUAAUAAAAUAAGGGUGAGAUAUGCUGUUCAGCAUGAUGCAUAUUCAUAAUUAUGUAUCACUAUACAAAUUGAAAUAAAUCGGUAAUAUUGGGCAGAAGCUGAUCAAAAACCCAAACGCAGCCACACUUAAGCUAAAAUAGAGAGAUCGUUUGUAACAAAAAUAACUAAUGGGACAGCAUGUUUAUCUUAAAUCACAAGACUACAUCUUUCCACUUACUACUGUGCGUAUUUCUGUUUGCAAGUGUCAAUUGUAACGAUUGUGUACUGCACAUUGAUGAUUUGAAUAACUGUGCAAAACUAACUGGUAUCAAAAGGAUUCCUGAAAAUACAGAGGGUUUUGGAUUUGGCUUCGGCUCAGUUGGUGAUGUGGAACAUAUGUGUAGAACAAGAUGGCACAUUAAAGUUUAUUCAUGCGCUCAAUUAACAAUCCUUGGUCGUUGUUCACGUGAAUCUACCUCACAUUUUCGAGAUGUAAUGUGGCGUUUUAUAUUUGAUACAACCCCUUACGAAAAAGCGGCAAAUUAUUUAUGUCAACAAUAUAAUUUACGCAUUUUCAGGUACCAUCGCGAUAAGUGUCUUUCUAAAUAUGAAUCACAAGUUGAGAAUUGUUCAAAAGAAUAUUCUAAUCUACUAUCCAGGACACAUUUACAACUUGCUAAGAGUAACCCGGUGAACUCAAGCAACGCAGAUGAAUAUGCAAAUUAUAUGAAAUCGGUACUCAGUGCAACCUACUGCAGUGGAACGUUGGCAAAAGUUAUCUGUAUCAGAAACAUUCUCACUGAUCGUUGUUCUAACGAUAUCAUUGAAUUAGUUCAAAAUUAUUUUCGAGAAACUCUUCCGUAUGGUUGUGAGCAAACUAUAAAAUUCAAUGCGCAUAUGAAACAAAACAUAUCCGAUGCAAAAGACACAAAUGAUAUUAUUAUGAACGACUUUUACAUGGCAUACAUCAAAUCUGAAUCCAGUGAGAAAAUGUUUGAAAAUAUGAUUCACGUCAAUACGUCAAAUUACCGUCCACGGGUAAUUUCAAAGAAUGCAAAACUUGGUGAAAGCACCUCCAAGAAUUCAACCACUCUAUUUGUACAGAAGGUCUCAUUACAAGAAAAAAAUAAAGGCAAUAAAAGUUUUUGCGAAAUAACUUUUUUCCUAUUAUUCUUGACAUUCAUUCCGCACUACGGACUUGAAGUUUGGUCAUGAUAACACCUCCAACUGACUCACUGGUUGUUGUAAUCUAUUAAUUAAUGAUGAAAUGAUAAGCAGCCAAUGAUGUCAGUGGUCAACUAUAAAUAUGCUGAAAAGGAGCUAUAAAACCUUUGAUUCAAGAAUGUGUUACAGAUAAGGCUUUUUUGAAGUCUUCCUUUUGGGAGUCAUUUCUCAAGAUAUAUAAGUAUCCUGAUACCUCAAGAUCCUCUGAAAAGUCAGAUUUAUUUACACACAUGUUGUCAAUUAAACUGAUGCAACAAUUUAACUAUUUUCCCAGAUGAUAUGGGAACAGUGACUUAUAUUUUCUAAACAUCAUCUUUCCACAAUAAAACUGUAUUUCUGAACCUGUUAAAGAGGUGGAGAAAUUACCAUUUUCUUCUAAUAAUCGUAAAUCUAUCACCUUAUCAGACGGUAAAAAUACAUUAAACUGGUGCUUCCUCAAAAUUAUACCAGUUACUUUUGAGUGUGCAAAGAAAAUGCUUUGAAGUAUGACUUUUACUAGCUCUUCUACAGCAAAUGAAACAAAUUUUCAAGCUAAAUUCGCUAAAUUUUUUUAUCUGUUUGUUAAUGUUCUAUUGAUCGAUAAAUAUAUUUGUAUCUUUAAAACACUUAACGAUUCUAAUGUGAAGGCCGUAUUAAUUUUCUUGCAAUAUGCCAAAUUUUAUCUUUCAAGAUUAUAAAGCAGUUAUAUCAAUCACUAGAAAAACUGCUUCUUCCAAUAUCAAUGCUAUUUACUGCAGAACGCGGGAAAAUACAAUUAAAUGAACAGAAGAUCACUCUUUUUGGUUGCUUUAUAUCUAUUUUUUACUGGUGUAUAGCCAUAACACUUGUAUGAAAAAACCAAUUAUAUUUUAUAAAAUUGGAUAACUGAAGUCAGUC